AAAGCGAGCUGUUCGUCGAGCAAACUUAUGCUGACAUAAUGCUGCAAGCGGAUCCUCGACCUUGUUCAGUUGUUUCCUCGACAGUGGUCUCAACUUGGACCUACACUAACGCCAUGUCUUCGCCUGUACUAGACGAUGCCAACGCGGUGGCAUUUCCCGACGAGGAUAUUCCCAUGAACGGCUCCGAUCAUGGCGACGAUGGAGAGGGUGAAGGCGAUGUAAUAAUGCCUGGGGCUUCAGACGAUAGCUCCGAAGAAGACGAAGACGACCCUGAGGAGGAAAGGAAGAUAAAACAGGGAUUUAUAGUUGACUCUGAUGACGAAGAAGAGGACAGGCGACGAAGAAAGAAGCGUCGAAAGAGACACCACAGGCGUCGAGGCAAGCAUUUCCGACACAUCUGGGCUAGAGAAUUUCUGACUUUCGUAGCAGAGGAAGAAGAGAUGCUGGAAGACGAUGACCUAGAUUUACUGGAAGAAAACACAGGUACCUCAUUCAAGAGAAAUCGUCUCAAACGUCUCGUUAGGCAUGGAUCAGACUCGCCUCCGGCCGCGUCCUCUUCACGUCGUGCAGUGGUUGAGUCUUCUGAAGAUGACUUGGACGACGACGAUGAACUGCCCCGGGUUCAAGAUAUUCACAAAAUAUGGGAUGAUGACCGACGAGGAGAGGAAGAUGACGAAGAUGCAGACGGGGACAUGGAUGAUUUCAUUGAGUACGAAGAUGAGGACGAGGGUGGUGCUAUGGAUGAGCAGGCUCGCGAAGAGCGGAGAAAGGAAAGAAAGAGGCAGGAACUGGAACGCCGCAAAAAAGCCCGUGAAAUACGGCCAGAGUUAGCUGGAAUUGAUGCAAAUGCAUGGGAGGAGAUCCAUGAUGUAUUUGGCGAUGGUCAUGAUUAUGACUGGGCUUUGGCAGCUGACGAAGAGUAUGAUUAUGACGAAGAGCAAACCAAACCAGAUAUAAAGUACCAAGAUGUCUUUGAGCCAACUGACAUCCGCGCUCGAAUGUUGACCGAAGAUGAUGAUCUGAUACGUGCUCAGGACAUACCCGAGCGAAUGCAACUUGCGACAUCGUCCAUUUCUCCGAACUCAUCGCUAUCUCUACACACGCCUCUGACUGCCGACGACAUGAAUGGUGCUGCAUUAUGGGUCAGUCAACGGUUAUCUCACCGAAAGACCAUGGAGUUCUUUAGCCCAACCGGAAAACAUCAAGACUUGAAAGGUGCACUCGUGUUGGCCGUCACUUUCACACUCAGGCAACUCUUCAUUGAGGAGUACGAAGUACCAUAUAUUUGGACCCAUAAACGCGAUCACAUAUCUUAUUUCGAUGUCAACGACGUUCGAACGCGUUUCGAGCUCCUCAGCUUGUCGGAACUGUGGAAGAUUUACUCACUGGGCCAGAAAUAUCGAUCUCUUGUCGAACGCCGAAAUACGCUGACGGCCGCUUACGAGCGCCUUCAAGUUGGUGACAAGUACUUUGAGGAGGAGAUCCUGCCACAAAUAGACGGCAUCGAAGUUGUAGCCGAUGCUACUGAGUGGCUGAAUAUGAAGUACAAGAACAAGAAGCCCAACGAAGCCUUUCAUUUCCAUGAUGAUGAAGAGACCGACGCCACUAAGAAGCAUAAAAUGCCUAGUCGCGUAUCAAUUUACGAGGUUACCAAGAAGAGCAUUGUUUCUCGACUAGCCCAAGGAUUUGGCAUUCAACCGCAUGAGGUGGUCCUCAAUUUUGUAGCAAUGAACCACGUGCACUUCAUUGAAGACCAGGACCUUAACCCUUUAGUAUAUGCUGAAAGGUUUGCUGAUCCGGACCCUGCAAGAGCCCUUCCGGCCGAAGAAUUGCUUCGCCAGGCACGCAUGAUCAUUGCCACGGAAUUAGGCAAGGAUCCCCUGCUACGGAACCACAUCCGCCAGGCUUUCAAAGAGGAUGGCCUAGUUUCGGUACUUCCUACCGAGCGAGGAAAGACGAAGAUUGAUGAACACCACCCAUACUUUAACUUCAAAUAUCUACUCAACAAAUCCGGUCGUGAAAUGACGACGUCUUCGCAGUUUCUCCACAUGAUUGCGGCCGAAAAUGCACAUUUAGUGACCAUCUCCAUCUUCCUCCCGGCGGAUGCAUAUUCAGCUUUUGAGCGAAGACUAAAUGACGCAUUUGCAUCUGAUAGUUUCAGCGAGUCGGCAAAGGCUUGGAACGAAGAGCGCGCUCGGAUCGUGCAAGAAGUCCUGACCCAACAUCUGAUCCCUGCCGGCGUCAAAUGGAUGCGGGAAUACUUGCGGGAUGAAGUCGAAGAUUUCCUAGCCGCUGGCUGUGCUGCAGGACUCAGGAAGCGUCUUGACGUUGCACCGUACUUCACCUCCAAAAUGAGCUUUGGUGACACUGCAUCCGUCUUGGCGCUUUCUUGGGGUAAAGGUGAUCCUCAGAGGGACCCCAUCUCCAUUGUCUUCAUGGACGAAGCAGGUCGCAUGCGUGAGAGUACAAGGAUUGAUAACCUGUUCGACCAAGAGCAGAAGGAUGAAUUCUUCGAUCUCAUCAAGCGCCGUAAACCGGAUGUCAUUGUCAUUGGCGGUUUCACUAUGGCCACUGCGAAGUUGUCGUAUCGUGUCAAGGAAAUUCUCAAGUAUGGAACUGCAACGGGUGAAGAUGCAGAGCCCGACCCGGAUUUCAACAUUCCUGUCAUCUACAUUCGUGACGAGACUGCUCGGAUAUAUCAGCAUAGUCCUCGCGCUGCGGAAGAGUUCAAUGCCCUGUCACAAACCGCCAGGUAUUGUGUGGGUAUGGCCCGAUACGCUCAGAACCCUUUGAACGAGUACGCUGCUCUGGGCUCUGACAUCGCUGCAGUGACCUUUGACGAAGACGAUCAACAUCUUGUUCCUCGAGAGAAACUUCUAAUGGCGUUGGAGCGGACUUUGGUUGAUGUGACCAAUAAAGUCGGCGUGGAUAUCAAUCGAGCAGCGGCUGAUAGUUACUACGGACUAUUGCUACCCUUCGUCUGCGGUCUUGGCCCACGGAAAGCACAGGUCCUUAUCCAGAAAAUUGCUUCUCAGGGUGGUAAUCUGGUUAACCGCAAUCAGUUCAUCAAAGGUGGCCUGUUGACUACCAAGAUCUUCUUGAAUGCUGCAGGCUUCCUUCGUAUACACCAAGAACCGGAAUCAAAGUCAAUGAGAAACCGUCACGACGAUGAUAAUGCCCCUGAUCCAUUGGACGAUACUCGUAUUCAUCCGGAGGACUAUGAAUUGGCUCGAAAGAUGGCUACGGAUGCCCUGGAACUAGACGAAGAAGACAUACAUGAUGAACACCCAUCACAUGUUGUGACUAUGAUCAUGCGUGAUCCAGACAACGAGAAGAAACUUUCGGAGCUCAACCUUGACGAGUUUGCUGUCAGUCUUUUCAAUGCCAACCAGGAGCUGAAGCGGCAUACGCUCAACGUCAUUCGUGAAGAGCUCUUGAAGCCAUUUGCCGAACAACGUAACCGCUGGCCUGCUCUUGAGCCUUGGGACGUGCUCACAAUGCUGAGCGGAGAAACUCCUCGGACGCUGCGUGUAGGCCUGAUCGUCUCUGUUCUCGUGCAGCGUGUCAAGACCAACAUCGCUCAUGUUCGCCUGGAUUCUGGCAUCGAGGGCAUUGUUCAACCCGAGUUCAUGAUGGACAAUGGCAGCCAUCUUCUUCCAAACAUGGCCGUGCCGGGUGUCAUCAUAGAAGUGAAGCUCAGUCUGGAGACUGAUCAGUUCAUGGUAGAAUUAUCGACUCGACAGUCUGAUGUCGGUGGAGGUGACAGCGCAUUCCGUCGUGUACGACCUGACGAACAGUGGGAUCACCAACAGCACGAAAAAGAUCAGGAAGUACUCGCUCGGAAGAAACGGGCAGAAGGCGCCAAAAACCGGCGGGUUAUCAAACAUCCCAACUUCCACAAUUUCAAUACUGCACAAGCAGAGAAUUAUCUCGACAAGCAACAGCGUGGCGACGUGGUUAUCCGUCCUUCAUCUAAAGGCGCCAACCAUCUUGCACUCUAUCAGCAUAUCGAUGUCACGGAGCCCAAUGCAGAUCCCACUGGCCAAACAGUUGCGAUGGCUCGUCGCGUUGAGGAAUUGAUGGCCCAUGACCGUUUUAAGCAAGGUUCAGAAGAUGAACUACAUCUCUUUUUGAAGCAGCAGCUAGCGGCUAAUCCCGCGAAGAGUAUGUAUGGAUUCACACUCAAUCGGAAAAGGCCUGGGCACUUUAGCCUUUGUUUCCUCGCCAACAAGCAAUCGGCUGUGCAAACAUGGCCGGUACGCGUAACCCCGGAAGCAUACUAUUUGUUCGAGGCUGCAGCUGUUGGAGUGCCCGAACUUUGUGAUGCUUUCAAAGUACGGUGAGUAAACAGUGCAAGUCUCAUUAUACCUUCCAUUUCGAUGAUAUCCAUUAGGCAUCUUCACGAAUCUCAAAAUUUGGCAAACACAGGAGGUCGGACACCGUUUGGUGCGGGCAUCCGGACUCCUGCUCGUACGGGACAGGCUACUCCGGGGCAUGCAUCUGUUCGACAGCCUGCAAGGACACCGAAUCCAUAUGGAGGCGCCACUCCCGGUCCUCGAUACGGCGCCAAUGGACCACCUCCCUAUGGGUACCAAACACCUCGGCCGGGCGGUUUCCCACCUCCUCAGCCUUCUGCUCUUCCCACUGGUAUGAAUCCUCAACGAGCCCAGAUGAUCCAGGAAGGCGGCUGGAGCAGCCAUCGUUAAUUCACUGCUCUUGGCUAUCCUCGACUCGCGUUUACUUAACCUAUAUUCCUAUCUCCUGUACACCAAAUCUUGUCACAAUACAUAAUUUAAUUUCGCAGGGAUCUAUUAAAAUCUAUUGAAUGACUGGCUUCUAUGU